AGAAAGACUCCAUGAGAACAGAUCCUCAGGGUCCAGAGGGAAAUCCUCAGGAGAGUGGUUUGCACAGUGUUGGGCAGGAGAGCCAGAGCAGGCCAGUGAGGCAACGAAGAAAGAACCCUGCAGCAGGCAGGAAGUUUGGUAUAUCCGCCCAAUGUGAGGAAGGCAUUUGGAAGUUGAAGGACAUCUUGGCGUUGCACAGGUCCCACUCCCGCACGAGGCCAACGAUCUGCAGCGUGUGUGGUAAAGGCUUCAGCCGCAGUUCGGACCUCAUCCGGCAUCAAAUCACCCACACAGGGGAGAAGCCGUACACUUGUGCCGACUGCGGGAAAGGGUUCAGCCAGAACUCCAACCUUGUGACCCACCAGAGGAUUCAUACGGGAGAGAAGCCCUACCAAUGCAGCGACUGUAGCAAGCGCUUCAGCGAGAGCUCGGCCCUGAUCCAGCACCAGAAGACUCACACGGGGGAGAAGCCUUACCAGUGCAUGGAGUGUGGAAAGAGCUUCAGCGUCAGUUCUAACCUUAUCCGUCACAGACGGACCCACACAGACGAGAAGCCCUAUGCCUGUGUGGAGUGCGGGGAAGGGUUCCGACACAAGUCACAGCUUGGAAGACACCAGAGGCUGCAUGUAGCUUAGUGUUUUGGAAUGGGGGUGGGGUGGGGAUACAGAAUCAAAUUUAAUAGCAUGUGUUAAGAGGAGGAAGAUAGUAUAUCAUAUGUGGAACUAAAGUAGGUAAUGG